AUGGCCUCCCACGUCGUUGUCUUGGAUGCCGCCUUCAAGCGCGCCCAAAUCAAGGUCACUCCCGCCACUUCUCUACGCACCGUCCUCGAACAGGCAUGCACCAAGUUCGGCCUCGAUCCCGACCAAUACGUCCUCAAGACCGCAAAGGAAAAGCUCGUCGAUCUCUCCUACCCCUUCCGUCUCUCCGGUCUCGUCUCAGGCGCAAAACUUCAGCUCGUCCAAGCCUCGCGCUCUCCCUCCGUCGUCAAAGUCGCACUACAACUACCCGAAGAGGACAAUUCGCUUCGUCUGGAAGACAACUUCCCCAGCAAUACCCCUCUAUGGCUCAUACUGCGCAAGUUUGAGGAUGGCGUCGCUGGAAGUUCCACCAAGCUCAACCUCACCGAACGAAGCGCUCCCAGCUCAGACACUGGCAGCGGCUACCUCUGCUAUCUGAAGCCUUGCCUGAAUAUCGGAGGCAGUGCAAGAGAUAUAUCCGACUUUCUCGAUCUACAGAAGUCUCUCGCUCAGUUGGGCUACAACCGUGGCAGUGUUUUGAUCAAGCUGUCAUUCAAGAACGAAGGCGAGCGCAUGGAAGAGGCAAAGGCCCGUGUCACAGAAUACCUACAAGCUCUUGCACCUACGAGUACAAGCGAGGCACAGACUGUGUCUUCGCACGGUGCUCACGCCGCUGCCGACGGUCAACUUUCCUCAGUACCUGAUGCAGACGCAGACAAUUCCGCUGUGCCACGCGAAGACGAGGCUGCUCAGGACCCAUCAGGGGACACCGUCAUGUCUCCCGCCCCUGAUCUCACCCCUGAAGAACAACCCGCACAAGAUGAUACUGUAAUUGCAUCAUCUUCUACAACACAAAUGCCCUCAACUGAAAGUCAAUUCCCUUCUCUGAACCCUGGCAUCUCAGUCUACGCAGCCCCGUCCGACGACACUCCAUUUGCUGCAAGACAGGCUUACAAUGAGGCCGAUUACCAACCUUCAGUCGAACAUGCCCACGCUCAUCAAGCCAGUCUCUUGAAGCAAGGCCGAAACACACGCCUGCCAUCAGACAAAGAGAUUGCAGCCAAGAGCGCAAACAAAGCAGCUGCACUUGACGACAUCAAGACCGUGAAUCUGCGCAUCCGCUUUCCCGACAUGAUGCAAGUACAAUGGCAAGCCACCCAAUCCGAUACAUCUGCUUCUCUCUACGAGAAGGUCAGGGAGAUGCUGGAUGACCCAUCGAUCAAAUUCAGGCUGCAAAUAACUGGUUUUCAAAUGAAAGCCAUUGUCUUUGAUCCCAUAAGUCAACAAAGAAUUAUCAAAGAUUUGGGCAUCAAGGUUCCUUCGCUCGUCAACUUCGUGUGGGAUGAAAGCGUGGACAAUGAAACUCGUGGCCGACCUCUACUGAAACAGGCUUUGCGUAGCCAGGCAAAGGAGUUGGAAGUCAAGGAGCCUGUUCCGCAGGAGGAAGCCAAACCAGUGCCCGCGCCCAAGGCCGAAGAGCCCAAGAAGAAGGCUUCGCUCACCAGAGAGGAAAGGGAGAACAAGAUGCUCAAGAUGUUGGGCUUCGGCAAGAAGAAGUAG